AUGUCAAGAACAUACACUGAAAAGAAUGAUGAUUCAAUGUCAGAAAUGCUAAAUGGAGGGCGGCCCGAAGAUAAUGACAUCCAGAUUAUCAAUAGAGACGACCAUGACCCUUUUGAAGGAAACUUUGAUCCUGCGAAUAUAGAGACACCACCAGCGUUGCGAGAUGUCAUGUACAACGACUAUCAGGAUAGUAACGGAGUCAUACAUCAACAUCCUAGUGGUAAUGUAUCUGGAAAUGGUGGUCAGGCGCAAUAUGCGGAUGAGAUGCAUUCGAUUUAUGGAAGCCGUGAUGCUAAUAAACAACUAGCAACCAUUACACAGAACAAAUAUGUGAAUUCUAUCCCUCCUUUGACAUCACUCUCGGAAUCUGUGUUGCCAAGUGGAUUAAACAUACAGCCUUUAACCUUACAAGGUAAUCUUGGAAGCAGAAAUGAACAAAAGUCGGACAAAAAAAUACACAUUCCGAAGCCAAAGAAAGAAACUUCCAGUUUAAAACGAACUGCCUUUGUGCCGAAGAUGUGGUCUAUGGUUAAUGAUCCAGCCAAUAAGGAAUAUAUACGCUGGAACGAUGAUGGAAAGACUUUUCAAGUUUUCCAUCGAGAGGAGUUUAUGAAGAAUAUAUUACCAAAAUACUUCAAGCACAAUAAUUUCGCUUCAUUUGUGAGGCAGUUAAAUAUGUAUGGAUGGCACAAAGUUCAAGAUAUUAGUAAUGGAACGUUGAAUCAGAGUAAGGAUGAAAAACAAUCUGAUGAAGUUUGGCAAUUCGAAAAUCCGUAUUUCAUUAGAGGUCGUAAAGAUUUGCUAGACAAAAUAGUGAGAAAUAAAAGUGUUAAUCAGGAAAAUGAGCAAAGCGACCACAAUCAGGUUAACUUUCAAUUAGUUUUGAAUGAACUAGACCAAAUUAAAAUGAAUCAGUUGGCAAUAUGUGAGGAUAUUCGGAGGGUUAGAAAAGAUAAUAAAACUUUGUGGCAGGAAAACUAUUUAACCCGGGAAAGGCAUCAGCAACAAGCACAAACUUUGGAUAAAAUAUUAAAGUUUCUAGCUGCUGUUUACGGCAAUAAUGCCAAUAAAGUUUUGGAUAGUGGGUUUUUUGACGAUGCAAAUCAGGUCACGUAUAAUCCAUAUGCUAAUCAAACCCAACAAUUUAAUCCCUACGCAACGCAGGCUCCGAAUCCGUAUCAGAAGCCUAGAUUAAUGCUUACCAAUCAAGCACACAAGAGAAGCUCUUCUGGUGGUGGAUCAGAAAUAUCAGGAACUGAGGGUCACAACCAGAGACACAGCAAUGGAUCAAUCGAAGAAAUAAUUAGGAACUAUGAAAAUAACUCGAACGCGGGCGAGUCACCUGUCAAUAAUGUAAACAAAAUUUACCACCAAAUAAUAAACCAAGAUCAAGCUCAAUCUCAAGCUCAAGUUCCGUCUCCAAGACAAUACUUUCCAGAAUUGUCUAGGAAUCCUAAUAGUCCUUACAAUACACCAGGAACUCCAGGAUCUCAGUUUUUAAGCCUAGGACUGCAAUAUGAUCCGAAUCAACUUUCGAAUUCAAACGAACUUAUGAAUGGUUUGGAACAGAAUAUUCAUAGGCAAGGUCAAUCAAUCCAACAGGUGCAAGACUGGAUCCAGAAAUUGGCCAGUCAACAGCAACAACAGCAGGCCUCAAUAAACGAGAUAAAUGAUAACUUGAAGCCUGAUCUUGAGGAUUUUGAUGUGAGCGAGUUCUUGAAUAACUCAAACACAUCAAAUAACACUUCCGAUCCCGUCGUAGUAACCCCGGGAGAUACUCCUCCUGUCUCGUCUAAGAAUCGGACUCCAAAUAAUACUGACAGAAACUCUGGUAAAGAAAACAACAGUGUCAAGAAAACAGAGGGAAAUGGUAGUUUCGCUGGAACUUACAAUUCUACAUAUAAUCAUGGAUCUGAUAAAGGAAAUAGUGUGCCGAAAAGGUCAGUCGAAGAACUAUAUGAUGAAGAUGACGAUGAUAAUAGCACUAAUAAUCCCAAUAGUACACGUUCGAAAUCAAAGGCUAAGAGAACGGCGUAA